GCGGUUGUGCCAAGCGAAAAGCACGAGAAGCAGCCCAAACACUAGGAUGAUCCUCACGCAUUGCCCCGCCUGCGCUGCCCCACUUCACAGUACCAAUGCCAAGCAAUGCAGCCGCUGCAAGACGCGCUACUGCGGAUUGGCCUGCCAGAAACAACACUGGGAGGGAGGCGGACACGACAAACUCUGCAAAUUGAUAAAGAAAAGCGGCGGCGCCGAGCAAUUUCAUGCCGAUACGAAGUAUACGGCGGCCGUAGCGGUUGCUGCGAAGGAAUGCGCCGAGGACACCAAGGGUCAGACGUGCUACAUCUGCACGCAGGCCCUCCAUUGGAAAACGAAGGAAGGCCUCGUGCGAAUGUGCGCGUGCCGCGGGACGGCGGGUUUCGCGCAUGUUUCGUGCUUGGCGGAGCAAGCGAAGAUUUUGGUCGCAGAGGCCGAGGAGAACAACUUGGACUGGAAGGUGCAGAAUGAUAGGUUUCAGCGGUGGCACACGUGCGGCCUUUGCGAACAGAUGUACCACGGCGUCGUGGAGUGCGCGCUCUCGUGGGCGUGCUGGAAGACGUACGUGGGGCGGCCGGAGGAUGACUGGGCUUACAAUGUGGCGAUUUCAGUGCUUGGGAACGGUUUAGCGUCUGCACGUCAUCACAAAGAGUCGUUGUCCGUGAGAGAGGCCGAGUUGUCUAUGCUGCUCCGCACUAAUGGAUCACAACACAACAUUCUCGUUGUGCAGGGAAACCUUGCAAUCGCGUAUGAAGCGCUUGGACAGCAUGAAGAGGUCUUGCGGAUGCGACGGAAGAUAUACUCUGGCUGGUUGAAGCUAUACGGCGAAGAACAUUUUGACACCCUCCGAGAAGCCAACAACUUAGCGUCGUCGCUUCUGGACCUACAGCGCUUCGAAGAAGCCAAAUCACUGUUGCGCAGGACACUGCCCGUGGCGCGACGCGUCGGAACAAGUGAUGAACUUACGCUCAAGAUGAAUUGGAUUUACGCGAGGGUGCUCUACAGGGACGCCGACGCCACGCUUGACGAUCUCCGCGAGGCCGUAAGCAAGCACGAGGAGUUGGAACGGACCGCGCGGCGCGUUCUCGGUGGCGCGCACCCGGAUGCAGUGGGGAUUGAGAAAUCCCUGCGAGACGCGCGAGCCGCCCUCCGCGCCCGCGAAGCUGAGGCGGUGCGAGUGGCGGACCGCGCCGCCGCCGGCGCGUUACAAAGGGACCUCUACGCCUUACGACGGCGCUUCGAGCUUGCCUGCGAAGCGGGGACGGUGCAAGUGGCAGAACGCGACGCGUUACAAAGGGACUUGGACGCCAUACAACGGCGCCUCGAGGCGAGAGAAGCGCCCUUCUCCGGCGUCGUGAGCUCCAUCUGCGAGGCGGUGGGGGCGCUGGCGCCGGGGGACGCGUAAAGCCACACGAGAUAUAUACCAUAGCACUUACGGAGCGGAG